AUGCCGACCGUUCCCGUCGUGGCUGAGGAGCUCUACGAGCGACUUGGCAGGACAUAUACUGACGAUGAGCUGAACAGUUUGUGCUUCGCCUUCGGCGUGGAGUUGGACGAAGUGGUGGAACUAGAGGGUCAGAAAACCCUCAAAAUAGAUGUCCCAGCAAAUAGGUACGACUUGCUGUGCGUGGAGGGCCUCGGAAGGGCCCUGAAGGUCUUCACCGCAAAAGACCCUUUAGGGUCCAUCCCCUCUUUGCGGCUCUCGGGGCCCCCCAAGAUUACGCUGCACGUCAAGGCGUCCGUAGGCAGCAGCACCUGCUGCUGCUGCUGCUGCUGCUGCUGCUGCUGCUCCUGCUGCUGCUCCUGCUCCUGCUCCUGCUCCUGCUCCUGCUCCUGCUCCUGCUCCUGCUGCUGCUCCUGCUGCUGCUGCUGCUGCUGCUGCUGCUGCUGCUGCUGCUGCUGCUGCUGCUGCUUGUGUUGCUGCUGCUGCUGCUUGUGUUGCUGCUGCUGCUGCUGCUGCUGCUGCUGCUUGUGUUGCUGCUGCUGA